AUGCAAGAGCCUCAGGCUUCAUCAACGGCUACUAACAGGCCUCUGAAUCCAUGUACAGUGACAACGACAAAACAUGUUCAAACUGUCGAAAGAGUGAUAUUGAGUGUUAUACGUUCUGGCAAGACUGCCGAAGCCAAAGCAAAAGAAUACAAUUUCUCUCAAGACCAACCAUGGGUCAAAACAACCAGAACUCUAAGUUUUGUCGACGAAACUACAGACGUGAUCAACAUCCAUGAUUCCGGUGCCGCCAAUUUUGAUACCUUGGAUAGUUUCGGGGAUGACAUCGAUUCUUCACCACCUCUGGAUCCUCUUUAUAAACUCCAGUCACAAGAUUCCGUGGAACAGGACCGGCCUAGAUCUGUAGCAGACUUGGCAGAAACCCCUUCCAACGAUAGCCAACGCCCGUCCAAAAAGCGAGCCCUGAGUUCUUCUUCUGCUGGACCAUGGCUGACUGCUACUCCUCGUUCGAACCCUCCUGAUGCUCUAUCACCUAGUCAAAGAUCCGACAACGGCAUCAUUCUUGGCGUAGCGAGUCCGCAGGUCGCUGCUGCACUUGCAAGUUCCCGCCAGACAGAUCUAUCAAUUCCAGUUGAUCAUGUCACUGAAGCCAUCUCUGGUAUAUACCUCGACGCACCAAGGUGGCCGCUUCAAGAUCCACAAGAGGCUGUGUUAUUUUACAACUUCAUUCACGUUCUUGCCCCUCUUUUCGACUUGUGUGACAGUGAACGACACUUUGCCACCAUUGUUCCUCGGCGAGCCGUCAUGUGCCCUCCUCUGAUGAACGCAGUACUCGCUGCCUCUGCCAAACGCCUAAGCAGAGUGGAUGGAUUUGAUGAGUUGAUCGGUGAUAGGUAUCACCAAAACUGUCUCGAUGCUCUUAUCCCAGCAUUGUCCAGUUCCGCUGCUGUCAUGGAUGAGAACCUACUUACGGCGAUUGUGAUCCUUCGCUACAUGGAGGAACUCGAUGUGCCUCUCACAUCCGCCGAAACAGCCAGCGAAUCACAUCUUGUUGGCACAAGAGUCUUUGUUGCAGCACAGGAAAAGAUUCUUGAUUUCACUGGCCUCCGCCGCGCAGCGUUUUGGGUCGCCCUCAGGCAAGAGAUACACAUGUCAUUUAUGCAAGCUCGACCUGUUGACCCCAACUUUGCGCUGGAAGACAUCUCGCGUCUCGUCCAAAAUGACGAUACCUGUUGUACCUUUGCAAACCUGACCAUCCUGCAAUGUGCUGCGUGCCUUCGCUAUUGUUACGGUUCCGAAGACCAGAGCUUCUCGGCGUGGGAGAGGUUACAGGAAGCCCAAGAGAGAUGGUGGGCAGAAAGGCCGUGGCACUUUCAUCCAAUGUAUAUCAACGAAAGUGAUGAUGUUCCUGGAUUCUUCCCACAAGCGCUUUAUCUUAACGAUGCGGUCGUCACAGGAGUACUUCAUUAUUUAUUGAUCAAGGUUCUACUUGCGGCGCAUAAUCCCAGAACACCAAAACUGGGUCCCGGACAGGCUAAAGCAGCCAAGGCAAUAAAUGAAGAAAUGAGAAAGACUGUUAAGAUGGUUUGCGGAGUAGCUGAGUCGAAUCAAAGAAACCCAACAGGUUUUGCAUAUGCCUGCCUCGCCAUAACCAUGGCUGGUGAUCGAUUUAAUAAUCUAUAUGAACAAGAAGCCCUUUACAAUAUCCUCCAAAAGGCAGAUGUUCAAUUUGGGUGGCCGAAUCGAUCAGUACAAGAGUAUUUGAAGGAGGUUUGGGGCUGGACUGAAUCUCCUAUGAAUGUGAAUUCUGGAAUGCCAAUCGCGGGGAUGCUCAACAGUAAUUUACAAUUAGUAUGA